ACAUCCGGGAGUUCUCGUUUAUUUUCGGUGCGUCUAAAAAUAGGUCAUCGAAUAUUCGGCUAUUUAUUCGGCGACAGCCAUAUUUCAGAAGAGUAAAGAGGGAGAGGUCCUGUGAGAUUGCCGGGCCAGAAUACUUACCACGUAUAGAUAGAUAAUUUAUCACUUGAUUAAUUAUGCAGGCGAUCAAAUGUGUUGUUGUCGGUGACGGUGCUGUGGGUAAAACAUGUCUUCUCAUCAGUUAUACCACAAAUGCUUUCCCAGGAGAAUAUAUUCCAACUGUAUUUGACAACUACUCAGCCAAUGUAAUGGUUGAUGGGAAACCCAUAAAUCUAGGAUUGUGGGAUACAGCAGGACAGGAAGAUUACGACAGGUUACGUCCCCUGAGUUACCCACAGACUGAUGUUUUUCUGAUGUGCUUCUCCUUGAUUAGUCCAGCUAGUUUUGAAAAUAUCAGAGCUAAGUGGUACCCAGAAGUGAAUCACCAUUGCCCAAAUGCCCCAACUAUCUUGGUGGGAACAAAGCUUGAUUUGAGGGAUGAUAAAGACACCAUUGAGAAGCUAAAGGAGAAAAAAUUGUCCCCGAUCACUUAUCCUCAGGGGCUGGCCUUGGCAAAGGAGCUUGGAUGUGUGAAAUAUCUAGAAUGCUCAGCUCUUACUCAAAAGGGUUUAAAAAUGGUGUUUGAUGAAGCGAUACGAGCUGUGCUUUGUCCAAAGCCAACAAAAAGCAAAAAGAAGGGAUGUAUUUUACUAGAAGUGUUUAGUCAGAUUUCAUUGGUAAAAUUUCAUAUAAUUUUUUUUUACAGAUUUGACAACUACUCAGCCAAUGUAAUGGUUGAUGGGAAACCCAUAAAUCUAGGAUUGUGGGAUACAGCAGGACAGGAAGACUACGACAGGUUACGUCCCCUGAGUUACCCACAGACUGAUGUGUUUCUUAUUUGUUUUUCACUGAUAAGUCCAGCGAGUUUUGAAAAUGUCAGAGCGAAGUGGUAUCCAGAGGUCAGCCAUCAUUGUCCCAACACUCCAAUCAUUCUGGUGGGGACUAAACUAGAUUUACGAGAGGACAGAGAAACUGUGGAGAAGCUAAAAGAAAAGAGGCUGGCUCCCAUCACCUACCCACAAGGCCUUGCUAUGGCCAAGGAAAUCAAUGCUGUCAAAUAUCUCGAGUGCUCUGCACUAACACAGAAGGGUCUUAAAAACGUUUUUGAUGAAGCCAUCAGAGCAGUUUUGUGCCCAAAAGCUAAGCCAAAGAAGAAGAAGUGUAAAGUUUUAUAACGGAGCGGGGAAAAGCUUACAACAGACUUUUAUACUAGGACUUCAAUGAAAGGCUGCUACAGAAUUUACUUUUCCAUUUUCAGGAGCUGUAAAAAAAAAAAUGGUGAUUGAUGAGUUGAAGUAGUAUGCUAUAUUGUGUAAAUUGGGGGGAAAUCUUAUCUGCUUAAUCCUUUAUCUGGUUUUUUGGGGUUUUUUUUUUGGUUUUUUAAAAUAGAAAUGCCUGAUACUGGAUGUGUACUCAAUUCAGCUAUUCAAAAUUUAUUGCAGUUGGUCGUGAAAAAUAUAGCACAACCAUAAAUGAACGGUAGCAUUGUCAGUGCUGCAUUUAAAUGUACAAAUUAACGGUAGCAUUGUCAGUGCUGCAUUUAAAUGUACAAAUUAACGGUAGCAUUGUCAGUGCUGCAUUUAAAUGUACAAAUUAACGGUAGCAUUGUCAGUGCUGCAUUUAAAUGUACCAUCGUUUGGUUUUAUUACAAAUUAGCACAUAUGAGAGUGGGCCAAUAUAUAAAAUAAAGAAACACAGUACACAUAAAGUAGUUGGACACACAUUUGUUCUCAUUUGGUGAUUUUAUUUCUGUCCAUUUAUUGUUUGUUUUUCUCUGUUAUCUUAAGUGAUUGGUUUUGUUAGUAAAAUUAAAACAGAAGAGGAAGGUAAAACGUAAACUCACUUUCUCAUGUUAUUAGUUCAAUGGUAGUGGAUUGCAUAUUUUCAGCAGUUGUCUUCUCUCAUUGGUUACCUGUAGAUCUGCAUUUUAAAAUGCAUGUAAAAAAUGGAUUACAUGUUGUACUUCCUGUGAUUCUUCACUGCAUCUUUAGACCUUUGCACAGGCGUCUUACCUGGGACUUCAGUGCUGUCAACAGUAUAACAUAAAACUUAACAAUGUGGCCUUUCUUAUGAAUCAAAGUUCAGUAUCAAUUUUUAUUUUGUUAGGCCUAGUUAUUAAUAGUACAGAAUAAUUUAUAAACUAGUUUGAAGUUACACAAGUUAGAUCUUAAAAUUCUGUCUACCCAUGGAUUAGGUAAAUGAAUUUUGACACUCAUCAACUGUAGAAAAAAGCCUUACUGAUCCUAAUACUAUGCAGCUAUGCACAUUCUGUAUAGAGGAUAUGAUGAUGAUUAUUGUAUGUGUAUUCAUGUGUGUUUAAAUGCAUUUCUAAUUUGUAUUAAUUUUUUAUUAUUAAAAAAAGAAAAGAAAAAGCAAUUUGUUAUAGAAUGUAAAUGUUAAUAUAAAUUUUAUUCAAAUUAGUUUUAUAUAUAUGUAUAUAUAUGAGCUGGUAUUUGUUGACGAGAGUGCUUUAUUUUGUAUUGGUUUCCAUAGUAAUGCAGUUUGUAUGCAAUGUUAUAGAACAAAUAUCUAUGAUCAGUAAACUUUCUUUCCCAGCUUUUCAAGUAAUUACAAUUGUCAGUUUGUGUCCACAGAAAUUUCAGUUUCAAUUGAACAAUUUCUUCCAUUUCAACUGGCAUGCAUUGAUCUGAUAAUCCUCUUUCAUCUAAGCUGUGUAUCAGUUUUAAUAAAGCUGAGAAUUGGCUGGGGCAUUGUUACAGUCCCUGUUGCAUUCAGCAUGGUUGUCUGCUUGUUUUCUGGGCAUUGUGAAUAUGAAAGCUUCUUUCAAAAAUUUUACAGUUUAUCAUAAUUUACAAUUUUAAUGCUUCCAACCAUAUAGAUAGGCAUAAUUUGUUACUGUUUGAUUUUUCAUUCCAAGGUUGAACAGUUUACUGAGCACAUAUAGUAAUUUGUGUUUGCGUUUAGCAAAGCUCUUCAACAGGGUUCAAAAAUUACUAUCUUUUCUUUGCUGUAUGAUGUAAACAUGUACUAAAUGUUAUAAUAAAUCUGAUCAAAUAAUAAAUAGAUAAAACUUGUA